AUGUUGGCCAUUGCUCUUCUAGCCUUUCUCUGUGUGUCAGCCUCUGCCAAUGAAGUUCAGGCCAAGUCCUCCUCUUAUAAUGGGGAAUAUGGAGGUGUUGCAGGAACGCGAUUCUCUCAUUCUGGCAACCAGAUGGAAGGUCCCAUUACCGCCAUCCGUAUUCGAGUUGACACAAACUACAUCAUAGGUCUCCAGGUACGCUAUGGCAGGACAUGGAGUGACAAUGUAGGUGGCACAAGAGGAGACUUGGAAGAGAUCUUUCUGUACCCUGGGGAAUCAGUGAUUCAGGUGUCCGGCAAAUACAAGCACUAUCUGAGGAAGCUGGUCUUCAUCACAAACAAGGGCCGCCGCCUGUCUUUCGGAGGAAAAGAAGGCAUAAGUUUCAAUGCUGUUCCCUUGCAUCCUAACACUGUCCUUCGCUACAUCAGUGGCAGAGCUACCAACUACAUCACUGCCAUUGGCCUGCACUGGGGUACCGACCCUAGUAACCAGAACGACUGCUGA